CAGCGCCGGGCUCAGGGCUAGGCUGUCCGGGUGCCGAGGGCGGUCCCUGAGGGGCGGGCGGGGCCCGACUGGCGCUCUGUGUGGCCGCGGCCAUGAAGCCGCAGCCACCGGGCUAGGCCCCGGGCGGCUCUAGCCCAGGGCUGCCCGCGGGGCGCUGGGCCUGGCUCCCGGCUCCGGUUUCCGGGCCGGCAGGUGGCCGCUACCAUGCCCAGCAAGCACCAUCACUUCCAGGAACCCGAGGUCGGCUGCUGUGGGAAAUACUUCCUGUUUGGCUUCAACAUUGUCUUCUGGGUGCUGGGAGCCCUGUUCCUGGCUAUCGGCCUCUGGGCCUGGGGUGAGAAGGGCGUUCUCUCCAACAUCUCAGCGCUGACAGAUCUGGGAGGCCUUGACCCCGUGUGGCUGUUUGUGGUAGUUGGAGGCGUCAUGUCAGUGCUGGGCUUUGCUGGCUGCAUCGGGGCCCUCCGGGAGAACACCUUCCUGCUCAAGUUCUUCUCCAUGUUCCUCGGCCUGAUCUUCUUCCUGGAGCUGGCAACAGGGAUAUUGGCCUUUGUCUUCAAGGACUGGAUUCGAGACCAGCUCAACCUCUUUAUCAACAACAACGUCAAGGCCUACCGGGACGACAUUGACCUCCAGAACCUCAUUGACUUUGCUCAGGAAUAUUGGUCUUGCUGCGGAGCCCGAGGCCCCAACGACUGGAACCUCAAUAUCUACUUCAACUGCACUGACUUGAACCCUAGCCGGGAACGCUGUGGGGUGCCCUUCUCCUGUUGCGUUAGGGACCCUGCGGAAGAUGUCCUCAACACCCAAUGUGGCUACGACGUCCGGCUUAAACUGGAGCUGGAGCAGCAGGGCUUCAUCCACACCAAAGGCUGCGUGGGUCAGUUUGAGAAGUGGCUGCAGGACAACCUGAUUGUCGUGGCAGGGGUCUUCGUGGGCAUCGCCCUCCUCCAGAUCUUUGGCAUCUGCCUGGCCCAGAACCUCGUGAGUGACAUCAAAGCAGUGAAAGCCAACUGGAGCAAAUGGAAUGAUGACUUUGAAAACCACUGGCUUACGCCCACUAUUUCUGAGGUCCUGUCCACAGUGGGGCCUCAGCAGAACUCUCUGGUUGGGGCCCCUGGCCUGGCGCCACCCUGCCAACACGUUUUCUUUGGCCUGGGUGGUUUAUAUCCUUGAGCCAACCUUUAGAAAUUGGUAGAUUUCACAUGAGUCCAGAUCCACAGCUUCUUUUGAAGAAUGACCACCUGGCUACGCUGGCUCUUCAGUGGCAAUACUACCUGGGACACUGCCUCCCCUGUCAUCAGGGGCCCCAGCUGGUCCGUUCUACUCACCUAAGUGCCGCCUGACCCUGGUACACUCGGAGUUGGCCUCUCUCGCCUCUGCAGGGUUAUUCCCUGUACCUCGAGGCCGCUGCGGGCUGACCUGGAAUGCAACACAGGAACCUGAAGGAGUGGGAGGCUGGACCCCGCUCUGAAGAGGGUGCAGCCUGGGAGGGGCGGCCUUGCUGGGGACUCUGGUGGGAGUAGAGUGCCCAGGAGAGGGUCUGAGGGGCGGGAUGGGGUCAGGACAACUUUGCAAAAGAAGUAGCUGGAAGCCAAGGGACUAGGGGGAGCCUGUUUGGGAGGUCUGGAUGGUUGACUCCUAGGAAUCAACUUUAGCAUCUUCGCCGUGGCUGCAGAGCUCCCUGAUGUGCACUAGAGGGCUCGCUGGCCCCAUACUCUCUGGGUCUGGCUUCCUCCUGCAACCUCUCACCAGUAGAGCCUAUGCUUGCCUACUAGCCCUUCCAGGUUCCGGGAGUUUGGGAACUUCUCAAGAGCCAACUGGCUCAGGCUUGGGAAGGCUGGCUGCUGCCCUCAGCUCCACCUCAUCAGCUAUGCAAGGGGUAUGUGUGGAGUUACCCUGCUGCCCCCUCCCUGGGCUUGUCCAGAGAUCUCAACCUCGGAUGCCCCUGCAGCCACGUAGAUUAUAUAAGUGGAUGAAACAGGCCCUGGUGUUGGGAGCCUGCUUCACUUUGACUUUCCCACUGUUGCUAGAGACAAAGACAUCAUGAAGAGAGAAAGUUCGCACAAUCUAGGGGAUAACUGCCGCCUGCCUUGAGAGCAAUAGAGUGUGGUGGGUCCCCAUCUGACGGUGGCCACUGCCAUGUUCAGGUGUAGCUAAUUGCUCUGAUUGCUCUCAUGUGGGAAUGCAGGCCUAAUGCCAGAAAUCUGGAGAAGCCAGAAAUACAGAUUUGUAUGUGAGGUGUCCUGAUUUUUAAAUUGUUGGCAGAAACUAAAUUAAUUCAGAAAUUAAAUCUGUAGGCCAAACAAGGUGCAGGGCCCAGCUUUGGCCCCAUGCCUACUAGGUCCCUCUAGGACAGUCACCACUGGGGCCCUGGCUGCUCUGCCAUUCAGGGAUGUUGGGCACUGCUGCCUGGUGGCCAGGGUGUGGGCUAUGCGCCCAGCGUUGUGGUUCCUUGGCCCUGCUGGACAGUGUCCUGGGCCCCUGACAGGCACUGGCUGUGAGUGGUUUAUACAUGCUACAAUAAAUGCAGCUCACAGUGUCGUG